AUAGCGGUAAAUUAUCCAAAACUUCUGCGGGCUAAUGAUAAAGCAUGUUCGAUGAAGGCUGCGUUCUCUUUGUUCAUCAUGUCGACGACAGCUCAAGUGUUGAUGGCCCUAACUGACACUAUUCUAUUGUGUUGCUCAGCGAAAAAGGAGGCUUCAUUGAAAUAUGAAUGCAAAUAUUUGAAGAUCAUCGUCCAUUUCUGCUCUGGUGUUGGUAUUUCCAUAGCAACAAUCAUCUUUGGACUGAAGCACCCUGGGAAAGUUAGCUGGUCUUUCUGGUUAACUGUUGUUGCAGCAAUCCUUGCAGUUGCAAACGCUCUCGUAUGGCUGUUGACACAACACGACAAGCGUGCGCUCAAAAGAGCGGGGGUCAACGUGAAACAUCUCCAGGAUGGUAAAAUGGCCGACGGUACUGACAGAGAAUCGUAAACAUGUAUAUACACCAGUGAUGUAUGUAUGAUGUCGGGAGUGGUAAGACAGGUAUGAUAUCGGAGUGGUAAGACAGCUAUGAUGUCGGGAGUGGUAAGACAGCUAUGAUAUCGGGAGUGGUAAGACAGCUAUGAUAUCAGGAGUGGUAAGACAGCUAUGAUAUUGGGAGUGGUAAGACAGCUAUGAUAUCGGGAGUGGUAAGACAGCUAUGAUAUCGGAGUGGUAACACAGCUAUGAUAUCGGGAGUGGUAAGACAGCUAUGAUGUCGGGAGUGGUAAGACAGCUAUGAUAACGGGAGUGGUAAGACAGCUAUGGUAUCGGGAGUGGUAAGACAGCUAUGCUAUCGGGAGUGGUAACACAGCUAUGAUAUUGGGAGUGGUAACACAGCUAUGAUAUCGGGAGUGGUAAGACAGCUAUGAUAUCGGGAGUGGUAAGACAGCUAUGUUACAAAUUAAGGCUCGUAUUGUGCUGUCGAGUCUGGUCAUUAUUGCGAUUGGUUGGCCAAUCAAAUUGUUUCCAGAUAGGGUCAUUCCGAGCCCGGCUACAUCUAGUAUUGUGUAUGGUUGCCCGAUAAAAUUGCUUUCAGACAAAAAACUGGCCAGUUUGCAAUUGAUUGGCAUAUCAAAUUGUUUCCAGAUAGAUACGUGUCAAGCCUGGCUAGUAUUAUGAUUGGUUGGUCAAACUGUUACAGAACUGGGCCCUAUCAAGC